AUGCUUCGUCUUCAGCUACGCUCAAUUGCCAGAACACCAUUAGCUGGUCGUUUAGCUAGAAACUAUGCUGUUUCUACAAAAUCACAAGAGCUAAUCUCUAAAAAUGUUCAAGAAAUUGAUCCAGAAAUGGCUGAUAUUUUAAAAUCUGAACGUUUACGUCAAAAAUCAUCAAUUACUUUGAUUCCAUCAGAAAACUUUACAUCAAAAGCUGUUAUGGAUUUAUUAGGUUCAGAAAUGCAAAACAAAUAUUCAGAAGGUUAUCCAGGUGAACGUUAUUACGGUGGUAAUGAAUUUAUUGAUAAAGCUGAAAGUUUAUGUCAAAAAAGAGCCUUGGAAGCUUUCCAUUUAGAUCCUUCAUUAUGGGGUGUUAAUGUUCAACCAUUAUCAGGUGCACCAGCUAACUUGUAUGCUUAUUCAGCUGUUUUGAAUGUUGGUGACAGAUUGAUGGGUCUUGAUUUACCACAUGGUGGUCAUUUGUCUCAUGGUUACCAAACCGCUUCAACUAAAAUUUCGUUCAUCUCUAAAUAUUUUCAAACCAUGCCAUAUAGAUUGGAUGAAUCUACUGGAUUAAUUGAUUAUGAUGCUUUAGAAAAAUCAGCUGAAUUAUUCAGACCAAAAAUCAUUGUUGCUGGUGCUUCUGCUUAUUCAAGAAUCAUUGAUUAUGAAAGAAUUAGAAAGAUUGCAGACAAAGUUGGUGCUUAUGUGUUGUCAGAUAUGGCUCACAUUUCAGGUUUAGUUUCAGCAGGUGUUACACCAUCUCCAUUCCCAUACUCUGAUAUCGUUACCACUACUACUCAUAAAUCCUUAAGAGGUCCAAGAGGUGCAAUGAUUUUCUUCAGAAAAGGUUUGAGAAAAACUACAAAAAAAGGUAAAGAAAUUUUCUAUGAUUUGGAAAAAAAAAUCAACUUCUCAGUCUUCCCAGCUCAUCAAGGUGGUCCACAUAACCAUACCAUUUCAGCUUUAGCAGUUGCCUUAAAACAAGCUCAAUCACCAGAAUACAAAACUUAUCAAGAAAACGUUGUCAGCAAUGCCAAACAUUUUGCAGAUGUUUUACAAUCAAAAGGUUUCAACUUGGUUUCAAACGGUACUGAUACUCAUUUAAUCUUGAUUGAUUUACGUAGUAAAAAAAUUGACGGUGCAAGAUUAGAAGCUGUUUUGGAAAGAAUCAACAUUGCUGCUAACAAGAACACAAUCCCAGGUGAUAAGUCUGCUUUGUUUCCAUCUGGAUUAAGAGUUGGUACCCCAGCUAUGACUACUCGUGGUUUUGAACAAAAAGAAUUUGACCAAGUUGCUGAUUAUAUUGAUAGAGCUGUUAAAGUUGCACUCGAGCUAAAAAAUAAUGCUAAAGGUGAUGAUGCUAGAGCUUUGUUAGCUGACUUCAAAAGAUUAGCGGAUGAAUCUGAUGAUGUUAAAGCUUUAGGUAAAGAAGUUGCUGAGUGGGUUUCUCAAUACCCAGUUCCAGGUGAGUUAUAA